UAAAACCAGGGGGAGCAAGGAGAGGACUACCCGCACACAAUCGGAUUAGGAGUCCCUUUUCCAUCCUCCUACCGGAACUUAUCUACCUAUGCUCCGCGGCGUUGAGCUUCAUCUCUUUAAGCUCGGAAGAGAGGGUUUCGUCGCUAAAUGCUCUAUUUAUUCGGACCCAUCACGGUCUUCUCCCAUUUCAUGUCUUCAAUCUACGUCUCUGUUUCCUCUGCUCCUCGUUGUUCAGAGUGGAAGUGGUCUCAAAUCCUGACUUUUCUCCAUAUCCUCUUUAUAACUCUUCUUGUCUGUUCGCUCCUUUCUCUUUCCAUUCCCAAUACGAAGAUUAUUAGAAAUCGAGGUUCCGUUUUUUUACGCUCUGCGGCUUCUACAGCUCUGGUUUUUACUCAACAUGACUGACAAUAAGGUGCUAGUAUUUGGGUCAUUCACUGAAGAUGAGACCAAGUCAUGGCUGCAAAAGCCAUCAACUGAGAAUCACGAAAAGCCCGUGGAAAAGAAAGAAUUGCAAUUUGGUUCUUUGAAUUUUGCAACUGGAAUAACUUUCGGAGAUUUUAAUAGUGAAUCAAGCAGGAAACCAGGUUCUGCAAAUGGAAAAGCCAGUUUUCAGACUUCAAAUCCAGUGAAUAAGGAAAAGGAUGUGAAGAUUGCACAGAAAGUGCAUGAUUUUCCUGGAGUGCUGGGAAGUCUAAAACAAAAUGGAAGCAUUGACAAUUUCACCCAAGAUAUUUCCCUCAAUAAUGGUGUGAAAGACUUAAAAAAAGAGAGCAUAGAUUUGACUUCUCUGCACAUUUCUAAGAAUGAAGAGGGUUCCAGAAAUCAAUCACGGAGCUCAAACUUUGAUGUCCUUCAUAGUGAGGAUGUAAGGGAUGAGAAUAUGGAGGGGACUAACUAUGAUUCACCAGUAUAUGUGAAGAGGGAGGACAUCCAGAAGCAAAAAGAUGAGCCCGUUGCUGCAGCAAAAAUUCAUUUACCAUGCGGUUUAAUUAACUCGGGCAAUUUAUGCUUUCUUAAUGCGUCUCUGCAAGCUCUCUUAUCUUGUUCCCCUUUUGUUCGGCUAUUGCAGGAUCUUAGAAUUCGCAACAUCCCAAAGGUUGGCUUUCCGACAUUAACUGCAUUUGCGGAGUUUGUUUCUAACUUUGACAUACCAAGUGGUUUCAGCUUGAAAAAGGAUACAACUGUUGUUGAGACUGGUAGGCCUUUUAGCCCAGCCAUGUUUGAAGGAGUUCUUAAAAAUUUUACUCCAGAUGUGCCACAUAGCAUUUCAGGACGGCCAAGGCAGGAGGAUGCUCAGGAGUUUUUGAGUUUCAUCAUGGAUCAAAUGCAUGAUGAAUUACUUAAGUUUGAAGGACAAUCCGUUGGUGUCAAUGGUGCCAAAUCUGCUCUAGUAUCUUCAACAGAGGAUGAUGAAUGGGAGACAGUUGGUGCAAAAAACAAAUCUGCAGUAACUAGAACACAAAGCUUCAUUCCUUCAGAGCUAAGUGAUAUUUUUGGAGGACAGUUCAAAAGUGUUGUGAAAGCUAGAGGAAAUAAAGCUUCUGCAACUGUUCAACCAUUUCUGUUGCUUCACCUAGAUAUUUAUCAUGAAGCUGUUCAUACUAUCGAGGAUGCGCUUCAUUUAUUCUCUGCACCAGAAAAUCUUGAAGGGUAUCGAACGGCACCUGGAAAGGCUGGUGUAGUGAGCGCAAGCAAAUCUGUGAAGAUACAAAAACUUUCUAAGAUAUUGAUUUUACACUUGAUGCGUUUUAGUUACGGAAGCCAAGGUAGCACCAAGUUGCACAAACCUGUGCGCUUUCCUUUUGAGUUGGUGCUGAGUCGGGAUCUACUUGUUUCUCCAUUGACUGAGAGCCGGAAAUAUGAACUUGUUGCCACAAUCACUCAUCAUGGGGGGGAGCCUUCAAAAGGUCAUUAUACUGCUGAUGCCCGCUAUUUCAACGGCCAAUGGCUACGUUUUGACGAUGCAUCUGUCACUGGAAUUGGGACGAGUAAGGUGUUGCAUGACCAGGCCUAUGUCCUCUUCUACAAACAAGUAUAGGAGGUGAUGGAUACAGUGUUGAUGGUUAAGGUUAUUGAUCAGCUGGGAGCAGAAACUUUUCUGUCAAGGUUGGAAGGUGCAUCAACAGUCUUGUAUCAAGACUCCGGGGCCCAGGGCCACGGGCCAUGUAGAAUGUAUUCUUACCAGCUAGUUAAAACAAAUCUCUUCCAUUUUUUUGGGGGAAAAAAGGAAUUUGGAAAAAGAAAAAAAAAAAAAAGAAGGAAAAAGGUCAAAGUAAAGUUUUGUAUCAAGGCAACUGAUCUGUAAUUUUUUAUGAUAUUCACGAAUAUGUAUGAGAAGUUGUUGCUGUUUUUACUUGGA